CUGAGCGUGUAGUUUGUUUUACUUGCUACACGCAGAAUGAGUCAGGACUCGACUCACGGUCAGGCAAACCCUCACGCAGAGCCUGAGCACGUUAGUGUGCAUACAGUGCACACUGAGGCAUCCAGUUACGUGCCCCAGCAGCAGCAGCCUCAGCCGAAACCUCAGCCAGUUCCGGAGCAGUUCGCGGGUCAGAACCCGAAAUUAGCCAUUCCGAUGUUCCAACCACAAAUGGUUGUGAACAUGUUCCAGUUCUUCCAGCAGAUGGCUGGAGCGCACGUACCUCCACCACCACCACCUCCUGCACCCAUUAUCUCGAUUGAAAAACUCAAGAGGAAUGGGGCACAGGAAUUCUGCGGUGAUCAGAUAGCGGACCCUCAAAUAGCCAAGCGUUGGCAAGAACGCACGGUGAGGGUACUGGAGAAUUUGAAGGUACCUGUCGAGGAUUGGGGACAGCAUGCCAUAUCCAUAUUGCAAGAUGCCGCCUAUGAUUGGUGGAAGCGAGUGGGCGCCAACAUUCCCGUGCCAGUACCAUGGACUACCUUCGAGCCACUCUUCAGAGCAGAGUAUGUGCCCGAUCACUUUGUCGAGGCCAAAUAUGAGGAAUUCUCCAAUUUCACUCAGGGGAAGCUAACUCUCCCCGAGUAUCGUCAGCAAUUUGAUGGAUUGGCCGAGUUUGGUAAAGACUUGGUCAACACCAUGGAGAAGCGCUGCAAGAAGUUCAUCAAGGGUAUGAGACCCGACCUGUCGUCAACACUCAUAAUUGCUCCCCGAGCCGACAUCAACGAUGUCUAUAAGAAAGCUCUUGAGCUGAACGAGGAACUCAUCAGGAAAGCUGCGUAUGAGCAGGCACUUUUGGAAGAAAGUCGAACCGUCCAAUCAGGCCCAAGAAUGGGACAUGGUAGCAAGAGGACCUUCUCCGCACCGAGCAAUUCUCGCCACGAUAAGCGAGCAAAGUCUACUCCCUCUACAUCUGUGGCUGUCACUAGCAGGUCACUUUCAGAACGAUUGCCCGACGAACCCAGACAAGGUCUUCCCCACAGCACCAGGCACGCCGAGUGUUUCUACUGUUUGGCAGGCCGAACCUACCCAGAGUCAUCGUUCUUGCUUUCCAGCAAUGGUAAGGUUCUCCCAUCGAUGGGAAGACAUGUAGUGGAAAUGGAGGAAAAAGUGAAGGCAGCCUUCCCAGUGAUGGAAACUCUUGAGCAUCCGGUAGUUGUGUCGAACCCACAAGGACACAGUCUACGUCUCCAACAUGUUUAUUAUCAAUGUCCGUUGAUGGCUCAAGGAAAGAUAUUCUUAGCCGAUCUCAUUGAACUCCCUCACAAGGAGUUUGACGUUAUACUUGGCAUGGACUGGUUGACAAAACACCAGGCUAUUGUCGAGUGCAAGGAACGAGUGGUAAAACUUCGUACAGACGACGGUAACGAAGUGACCAUUCGGGGAGAACUUCUACCGAAAGCUCCAGAAUUCAUCUCUUUUAUGCAAGCAAAACGGGUCAUUCGCAGGAAAUGCGAAGCAUUCUUGUGCACUGUUAAGGAUAUGCAGAAGGAAACACCUAAUAACCAUAAGGACAUAUCUGUGGUUUGUGACUUUCUUGAUGUAUUUCCUGAUGAACUUCCAGGUCUACCUCCUCCAAGGGAAGUAGAAUUUUCCAUUGAUCUUAUACCUAGUACAGGACCUAUCUCAGCUUCACCUUAUCAAAUGGCCCUACAGAAAUGAAGGAAUUAAAAGCUCAAUUGCAGG